AUGACAGCACGCACCUUUGAAAAUAUUGGUAAAAACCAUGGAAAAUACGACAUGGACCGUAUUGGUUUGUUUUCAGAGAUGCCAUAUAUGAUUGGUGAUAAAUAUCAGCCACUUAUUAUAAAAGACAAUAUACGAGAUUUAAAAAAGUCACAAAUGUAUCCAAGUAUUUUAAAAACUAAAACAGGUCUUCAAGACGCCUAUUUUGAUCCAAAAUUUAAGAGAUUGUUUGAAAAUGAAAAAUGGCAACCAAAAUCUAAACUGUCUAAUAAUGAUGAAAAAAAGAAAAAAAUUAGUACACAACCCUUUAUACCUUCAGGUCCUACAAAACACCAUUCAACUGCUGGUGAUUAUUUUGGAACAUUUGGUCCUAAACUUCCAGCAAUGUCUAAUCAAAAAAAUCCUUCAAUGAAAAAAGAAAAACUGCUACCAAACAUCAUAACUAAACCAACUAAUACAAGAGGACCUGGAUAUACUGAUAUUGGACUUAGUCCAUUCCCCGAAUACAAAUCAAGUCCAUAUAAUGACGUGAAAAAGUAUAAUAAAAAUGAUAAAUUGAACAAAAUACCACCAUUUUUAAUGGGUGGUCCAGGUAACUUCUUUGAAAAAAAUCCUUAUUUCAUUAAUGAUCAAAAGUCAACGUAUAUUAUGAUUUCAAAAUCUAAAUUUAAGGGUUUACCAUUUGUACCAUCUUCAGCAAUAAAAAAUUUUGGAAAUGGUUUUGAUAAGUGGCCCAAUCAUUCCGACGAUCGAUAUAUCGAUCCGUAUAGAAUAGGAUAUAAAGACAAAAAAGACAAAAAAGAUGAUCGUUCAAUUAUCACAUUUUAUCCACAAACUAGAAACAAAUCAUUGUAUACUACAUCAACAAUUCAGCGAAAAUUAAAAAUUUCUAUGAACAAUCAUAACUGGCGUACAUAUGAUACCGUUACAUACCCUAUAGAAACAAGUAUUAGAAAAUAA